AUGGAAGAAUCCGCCAUUAAACGUCUGAAGUCGCUGGAAUUGAACGAUAGUGAUAAACAGUCCACUAGCACGGCUAUUUGCGUUGAAGGAUAUGACACUUCGCUUAAGGAGUAUCCUCUCAGGCUGGCGUUGACAAAACAUUUCGCUUCAUGCGGAGAGAUCACACAAAUUUAUGUUCCAAGAGACUUUAAAAAGAAAAUCCUCAAGAGUGUCUCCUUCAUGUGGAUCAAGGGAGAAGGUGCCGAAGACAAGGCAUUGCAACUUAGUGGAACUGACGUGGGAGGAUGGACUGUUAUCGUUAAGCCUAAACCCAAACAUGAACCUCCCAGCCCUAUCACGACGAUCUCCGUUGAGGGAUAUGACACUUCGCUUCAAAAGUAUCUUCUCGAGCUCAUCUUGGAAAAACAUUUCGAUUCAUGCGGAGAGAUUAGACAUGUUUAUGUUCCCACAGACUAUGAAAGGGGUGUCCUCAAGAGUGUUGCCUUCUUGAGGAUCGAGGGAGAAGGUGCCGAAGACAAGGCAUUGCAACUUAGUGGAACUGACGUUGUAGGAUGGACUGUUAUCGUUAAGCCAUCCGAAAUAUUCUAUGAUAAUUCUUCGCGUGCUCCUGCAACUACUCCUGAGGCAUCCAAAAUACACAGGUUCCGUGUUACGGGAUAUGACGCUUCGCUUCCUGAGAUUGAUAUCCAGAUGGCUCUGUGUAAACAUUUCUCUUCAUGUGGAGAGAUCUGGCAAGUUACAGUUCUCUCUAGUACAGCUUUCGUUUCUCUUAGAGGAGAAAGAUGUGUAGACAAGGCGCUGGAACUAAGUGGAUGUAACAUGGGAGAAAGGACUCUUGUAGUUAAUGAACCUGUUGUGCCGCAACCCGAACUCUUAAAAAGAAAAAGGGUACGCCACUGCACUACCACUGGCUAUAUGCCCCCAGGUACAUGGGAUAAGGCUGAUGCCGAUGUCUAUGACGAGUGACGAACAUAGCAGUCCAAGGGAGUCAUGGGAUGGUAAUGAUAAUAAUCCAUGAUGUUACUUGCAUCAUGUUUAUAUGCUAUUUUUUUUUCCUUUUAGUUCAAUUGUAAACCAUACUUAUUUUGUCUAAUCAUUGUGAAAGCUGGAUUGAG